AUGCAGCAGGACGAGUCGAACUCUCCAGCCUCGCCCGCCGACGACAGCCUGAGCAACAGCGAGGAGGAGCCCGACCGGCAGCAGCAGCAGCAGCAGCUCCAGGGCGGAGGCAAGCGCGGGGGGCGCAAGAGGCGAUCCAGCCGCAGGAGCGGCGCAGGCAGCGGCGGCGGCGCGGGGCCGGGCUCGGCCGACGAGCCGUGCAGCCCGGCGCAAGGCAAGCGGGGCAAGAAGGCGGCCGUCGGGGGCGGCGGCGGCGGGGGGAGCAGCAGCGGCGGGGGCAGCCCGCAGUCCUACGAGGAGCUCCAGACGCAGCGGGUGAUGGCCAACGUGCGCGAGCGGCAGCGCACCCAGUCGCUGAACGAGGCCUUCGCGGCCCUGCGCAAGAUCAUCCCCACCCUGCCGUCGGACAAGCUGAGCAAGAUCCAGACGCUCAAGCUGGCCGCCCGCUACAUCGACUUCCUCUACCAGGUCCUGCAGAGCGACGAGCUGGACUCCAAGAUGGCCAGCUGCAGCUAUGUGGCCCACGAGCGCCUCAGCUACGCCUUCUCCGUCUGGCGCAUGGAGGGCGCCUGGUCCAUGUCCGCCUCCCACUAGCGGCCCGCUCCGUCCGCCCCGGACGAGAUGACCUUGUUCCCAAAGAAGGAGAGAGAA